AUGACCAUCAACCCGACCUACCUCGCCCAGCGCACGCGCUCGUCGGUGAACUGGACCGAUGCGAAGAAGAGGGUGCUGCACAGCUACCGGGACUGGCUGCGAUCGGCCCCGGAGAUCCAGAACAUGUACACGCUCAGCAUGCCCGUGUCAGCGCUGCGGACCAAGAUGCGCCAGGAAUUCGAGCGCCACCGCUACGUGAACCAGCUCAAGACGGUCGACGUGCUGCUCUUCAACAGCCACCAGGAGUUUCAGGAAACGCUCAACUACUGGAAGCAGCUGUCGCACGUGCUCAAGUACUUCCGCACAGAGGAGGAGCCCAAGGCGCGGUUGCCGAGCAACUUCAUCAACGGCUUCUUGGAGGGCCGCAACGCUUGA